GAGAGCUUGUGCCCAGUCACCGCUGCUGUGUACCACUGAGGAGGAGAGACGCCUGCUUGUGACGAAAGCCGGACAAGCAUUGCAACAAGCGUGCAGAGACCUAGAGGUUUGCCAGCAAAGGAGUGUGUGCGUCCUUUGCUUUGGUUUUGUUUAGUUGGCUGGGUGUAGGAGAGCAGGAGGAUGGCCUCAAAUGCAGGUUCUUCGGAUGUGUCCAAGUAUGAGACUGAGGAGGGGCUGAAGGAAGUGGCUGCGUUCCUGAGGGGGAGGAACGGGAUGCCCCUACGGCCAGCGAUCGAGGUGGACAAGCGCGUGGAGUAUUUCAAGGGGGAAAAGUUGGUGAAUUUUCUUGUGACCAACACCAAGAAGGGGCGGCCGGCGAUUAAGACUGAGGAGGAGGCUAUUCGGGUCUGCAAAGCUCUCCUUCGCCAUGAGUACUUUCACCGCUCGGAGAAGGUCAAGGGGGGGGGAGCAGGAGAGCGCCAUCUCGAGGUGAGCAGCAACAAUCAGUUCGACCCGGCCGGUUACUUCACGUGGAUUUUCCUUGGGUCCCAGCGUCUGAGCCACUUGUUCACCGCCCUCAUCAUCAUCGGAUUCCUGCUCAUCACGUGCUUCCCCAUCUGGCCACGCAUCCUCAAGGUGUGGAUGUGGUACCUCUCGGUGACGUUGCUGGUGAUCAUGGUGACCUUCCUCACCAUCCGGUGUCUCCUCUUCUUCUUCGCGUGGAUCGCUGGGUACGAGUUCUGGGUGCUGCCUCGACUCUUCGACGAAACACUUGCCUUUGCCGAGUCCUUCACUCCGGUGUGGACCUUCGAGAAGGGGUCGAGCGGGCAGGGAUACUACCGCGUCGUUGCCGUGGGGGGGGUCAUCGCUUUCGUCAUCUGGGCGUACAACCAGCCCACCGACUUCGAUACCUUCAUCAGCGCCCAGUCGGACUUCAUGUCGGAUCUCUACGCGGGGAAGCUGCUCUCCGAUGUUUCGGAGAAAUCCAAGCAAGACAUCGACAAGCCCAAGGUGCAGUCAUUGGAGGACAUCCUCAAGGAAUUGGACGAAGAAGACGAGCCGUCGGAUGAGGAACAGGAGGCGGAACGGCGCAUGGAGGAGCUUCUCGCGGGCGAAUUGGACGAGGAUGAACGAUAUGAGGAGGAAGAGGAGGAGGAAGAAGACGAAGAUGGUGACAAGGCUGCCCCGGAGCAGGAAGACAAGCGGCCACAAGGAGGCGGCGGGGAGCUUUGAAUUACCGCCUUAAGGAAACCGGGGAGGAGGCGUUUUUCUUGGCGGGGGGUGGUGCACGUUGAGCGGUAAAAAAAAUCUCCUCGGCGGUUGGUUGUGACGGGAAAUAGUCCUUUUUGGUUUUCAUGAUUUUGCGGUCACGAUCUGGUCUCUUGUGAAGCGAAAACGGGUGGUUCGUGCCCGAUCCUGCGGCUUUCUCUAAGUCGGACCUAUCCGAUCCCAAACCACACAUUAAGCGGCAAGCAACAAAAAAUCACGGCAGUUUUGGUUUUUUGUGACACAUUCCUGAGGUUUCCCUCCCUCGCACUCCUGUCCCCCCUUUUUGAUCACAGUCGAUCUUGACGUAUCUAAUCGAAUCCUUGUUGGAAUUUCGUUCGGAGGGGGGGGGGGAGGAGGGGGCUCCGGCGAUUGUUUUGCUGUUGGGGCAAAGAGAGAUGUGUGUGUGGUGUUUAACCAUUAAUUCACGAGCAGUGCAGGAUGUCGUGAUGGGCUGGCGCGUGGACGUUGGAUAGAUGCGUGUUUUCACCCCGGAUGACUAUUUUCUAGCUAGGCAAGCAAGUCAGCAGCAAGUCGCGCCCACAGUGUAUGAACUAGCUCUCGCUUUAGUCUGCCAAUUCACGAAUUGUGGCGACGAUUUUGUGGUUUGAUUCCCGUGAUGUUUCCGCGUUUGCAUUUGUUAUGAAGGGAGCCAGGGGAAAUCUUGUCCGUGAGUCGCUCGCUGCGAAUGGUAGAGGGAGGCCUACAGAAGGAGGCCUAUUAGAUGGGGAGGGGGGGCGGGGGAGUCCUUCGACGGCGGGUAGUACCGUGUCAGGGUUGCUGUGUGCGGCGCCUUCGUUUUGGCACCUCAUUCCGGUAUUAUUGCUGUUGUCCUUGUUUGGGCUGGGGGCAGGCGCAAGUGGCGUCGCGCGAGCAUGCCGGUUUCCGCUGUGCCCGCCUGUACUGGAUGCGUCAGCCGUUGGCCCGCCCCGGUGCCGCCCGUCCACUAGUCAAGUCAGGAGUGUGGCAACGUGGUGCGGUUGCCCCGCCAUGGGUGCCUACAUAUGUGUGCGGUGGAUGGUUUAGACCGGCUACUACGAAAGAGCGAGAUAAUGAAAAAGUGCGCCGCACGUUAUUUUUUAUCUAUCAGAAACCUGUGUGCCUCCUUUCCUACCCGGAGUAGUAGCGCGGGGCGACGCGAGGUUGCGCACCCAAGGAAGACAUGGGUAGACACAACUGGUGCGAAAGAAG